GGAGGACGCUGAGGAGAGGCCAAGGAAGCCGAGGGGUCUGAGGAAGGCAGCGAGAUAAUAAAAGAGGACGAUGAGCAGAUCCAGGAGGCUGUGGAAGCAGGAGGCAGCAGCAAAGCAACCGGCAGCCUCCACACAAUGAGCUGGCAAGGAGGGCAGAUAACCCACAGGUGAUUGCCUGGCCAGGGGAGGCAUGCUGGGGUCAAGUGCAGAUGUGCUGUUGGAGGUGGCAUAGGAUACAUGGAGUGGGCAAGAGGGGCACAGAGAAGAGAGAAGGAAGUGCAGUGGUCUGUCCUCUGUAGGACACUCUCUCAUCUGUCUGGGGAUGGAGGAACAGUUGAGUGGACUCUAUGGAAAGGGAGAAGAGGGGUCCUCAAACGGAAGGAUGGUCUGGAUGGCCAUCUUGCUCUGCUUCAUUAUUUUCCUCACCACUUUGGGAAACACCUUACUGAUUCUUCUCAUCUUCACCCAGAGGUCCCUGAGGAACACCUCCAACUACUUCUUGGUGUCCCUCUUCAUGUCAGACCUCAUGGUGGGGCUGGUGGUCAUGCCUCCUGCCAUGCUGAAUGAACUCUAUGGUCGGUGGGUCCUGGAUGAAAACUUCUGCUGCAUCUGGUACUCCUUUGAUGUUAUGUGCUGCAGCGCGUCCAUCCUGAACCUUUGUGUCAUCAGCUUGGACAGGUACCUCCUCAUUAUCUCCCCUCUUAAGUACAAGCUGAGGAUGACCUCCUGUAGAGCCCUCUGCCUCAUCUUGGCCACCUGGUCGUUGGCUUCCCUGGCCUCCUUCCUGCCCAUUGAAAUGGGGUGGCAUGAACAGGACUUUGACAUACAGUCCAUGAACCUGACGUCUGACCCCCAGGAGAAGCAGUGCCGCCUUCUGGUCAGUUUACCUUAUGCUUUAAUUGCUUCAUGUCUGACCUUCUUCCUUCCAUCAGCUGCCAUCUCCUUCACCUAUUGCAGGAUCCUGCUGGCCGCCAGAAAGCAGGCCGUCCAAGUCGCAUCUCUGACGACCAACAAGCCCAACGUGUCCGAGGAACCCAACCAGGUCCUCGCCGUUCCGGGGAUGGAGAGCAGAAAGUUUAUCACAAAACACAGUAAGAAGGCGCUGAAAGCCAGCCUCACGCUGGGCGUCCUCCUGGGCAUGUUUUUCGUGGCGUGGCUGCCGUUCUUUGUGGCCAACGUGGUGCAGGCGGUCUGUGACUGUGUCCACCCGGGACUUUUCGAUGUCCUUACCUGGCUGGGCUACUGCAACAGCACCAUGAACCCCAUCAUUUACCCCCUGUUCAUGAGAGACUUCAAGCGUGCGAUGGGGAAGUACCUGCCGUGCUGCCGCCGCUCUCGGGUCAUCUCGCUCUCCAUGCGCAACUCCAACAGCGCGCCUCGCCUGGGACUGUCGCUGCGCAAUGUCUUGACCUUGCGGGGGGAGACGGACUCGAUGUAUUCGGCCACUUUGGGCAACGAGCACCUGCUGGCGAACUACAAGGACCACAGCACGGACCCUCUGCCUGUGACGGCCGCCGACUCAGUCAAUCUGUUUGACUUGGAGCAAGAGAUGCAGGUCCACCAGCUGAACACCCCCAUGGACUGAGCCACCAGGGGGCGCCGGGGGGGCUUGGAACAGAAGAUUCCGGAUACACGAGACCGCGGGGGCUUCUUAUACAGCCGCCGCUACAUGCGGAUCCUGCCAGCGGACUCUUUUUACCUUUGGAACGACUUCAGGUUUUUCAGAUACAUUUGAUUACGUCAUUUUACACCGUGUUGCGUUGUCAUCAUUUUUUGUGUAUUAAAAAAGUUUUUUCUCUCUC